AUGGACGACGGAGCGAUUGACUUUCGCAAGCUUCUCAAGGAAGAGAAACGAAAGGCGAAAUUGGAGCGACAGCGGCAGCAACAACAGCAGCAGCAAAAGGACGAUGCCGUCCAAGAUCCAUCCACAAACCAUGCUGCCGUUGCCACGGAUCCAUCCAUCACAAACCAUGCUGCUGUUGCCACAGAGACCAACUCCUCCGACAAUACCGGCACUACUAAUCAGACGUAUUCGACUACAAUCAUUCGAGAAGAAGACGUGGACGCGUUGGAUUUUGAACGGCUGGUGCAAGAAGAAAAGGAAGCGUCUAAGAAACGACAACACGAACAAGCCAUGGCCGAUGGAUGGUCCAUUCCCCAACAGCGACAAGUGGAUCCAAGACAGCAUCUCGUCUGCUCCAAUCCACCUUCCAUUUUUUAUAUUCCCAAUUUCAUGCCACAAGAAUCGGAUCAACAGGCAUUGAUGGAGUGGCUGCUUUCCUUGCCAGACAACAAUCAAAACAACACUACCACAUCCAAUCACGAAAAGGAAGCGUCGUUACAGGCCAAUGGAACCUGGACCACCAUGCACUAUGCCAAGCGACGUGUGGCAUUGUUCGAUGGCACUCUGCAAGUAGGACAAUCCACCCUACCACCUCCUCUGCAACGAUUUGUGACGGUGUUUUGUCAGCAAGGCAUUUUCCCGGUCGAAGAACCACCCAACCACGUCUUGAUCAAUGAAUAUUCUCCCGGGCAAGGCAUUUUGCCGCAUACGGACGGACCGGCAUAUAUCAGUCGCACCGCCACGCUCUCCUUGGGAUCCGAUGUCCUACUGCAAUUCACACCGCGACCUCAUCUUGACUCCAAUCAACCAACCACACGACAGUUGUGGCUGGAAAAGGGAUCCCUGUUGGUAUUUCAAGACGCGGCCUAUCUCGACUAUAUGCAUGGCAUUCAAGAUCGAGUACUCGAAGAAACCGUCACGGAAAACUGCUUGAAUGCACCGGCAAACACACAAAUAAUCAAGAGGGGAUAUCGCAUCAGUUUGACAUUUCGACACAAACUGGUACAGUAG